AUGGCACCCCUGGGAGAUGCCGACCAUUGCAGAGACAAGGCCCGCAGGGAUUUGCUGGCCCUGCUUGAGGGCGCUCGGGGCAAGAAGAACCUCGUCAUCAGUCAGGAGCUGGCAGGUCCAGUCGGCCUGUUCGUGAAGUUCUCGGUACUGCAGGACUAUGGCGUAGAUCGAGUGUUUCUGCUGGAAAAUGCAAACAUCGACUCGUCGCAGCGCAAUGUCGUAUUCCUCAUCCGGGGUGAGAAGGCGCAGCAUGUGCGCAUUGUGGCGGAGCAAAUUAAGCGAUUGCAGAACAAUGGGAACGUAGAACAUGAAUUCUCCAUCUUCUUUGCCCCUCGCCGGACUCUCGUGAGUAAUGCAGUCCUAGAAGAGGCUGGCAUCAUUGGAGAUGUGAACGUUGCCGAGUUUCCACUACAUUUCUUGCCACUCGAACAAGAUGUCCUAUCCCUCGAGCUGGACGACGCCUUUGGUGAUUUGUUCCUGCACAAAGACCCCGGAUGUAUCUUCCACUCUGCCAAAGCGUUGAUGGGAAUUCAACAGCGACAUGGCUACUUCCCCAGAAUUGUGGGUAAAGGUGACAAUGCACGUCGGUUGGCGGAACUCUUGCUGCGUAUGCGCAAAGAGCUUGACGCGGAAGAGAGCUCCGGGCUGGCAGAUCCUUCUGCCAGAGGCCUACUGCCAAGUGCUAAUACUGAAAGCCUGAUCAUCAUCGAUCGCGAUGUCGAUUUUGGUACCCCACUUCUGACACAACUCACAUAUGAAGGCCUCAUUGAUGAAUAUGUGGGCAUUAAGAACAACCAAGCCGAUGUUGAUACCAGCAUCGUCGGGCAAGGACCUGCACCUCAGGCUCAGGAAUCAUCCAAGUCGCCUCAACAGGCCAAACAAGGACUUAAGAGGAAAAUUCAGCUUGACGCCUCGGAUCAAUUGUUCAAUCAAUUGCGAGAUGCAAACUUUGCUAUUGUGGGCGAUAUCUUGAACAAGGUGGCUCGUCGUUUGGAAACUGAGUACGAAACCAGACACUCAGCUAAAACAACAAAUGAGCUCCGAGAGUUUGUCAACAAAUUACCCUCAUACCAGUUAGAACACCAGUCUCUUCGAAUUCACACCAAUCUUGCCGAGGAGAUAAUGCGCCUGACCCGCUCCGAGACCUUCCGAAAGAUUCUCGAUGUGCAACAGAAUAACGCGGCUGGAUCCGAUCCUGUGUCUCAGCAUGAGACUAUUGAGGAGCUAAUCGCCCGUGAUGCGCCAUUGAAACAUGUCCUUCGACUUAUGUGUCUGGAAUCUUGCAUGGCUGGUGGGAUUCGGCCUAAGGACUUGGAAAAUUUCAAACGCCAAGUAGUUCAGGCGUAUGGACACCAGCAUAUGCUAACCUUUUGGGCUUUGGAGAAAAUGGAACUUCUUCAACCCCGAUCUUCCGCAACAGCUAUGCUUCUUCCAACAACGGGUGCACAGCCUGGCACAAAGACUAACUACGGAUACCUGCGGAAGAAUCUUCGACUGGUCAUAGAGGAAGUCAGCGAAAAAGAGCCUAAUGACAUUUCCUACGUUUACAGUGGGUUUGCUCCACUCAGCGUGCGACUGGUACAGUGUGUACUUCAAAAGCCUUACAUUCUGUCUCUUAUCAAGGGUGGCUCGCCUGCGGCGAUGAUAAACACUGCUAGCGCGGCCUCCCCUGGAUGGCUGGGCUUCGAAGAUGUCGUUAAGAGUGCCCGGGGUUCCACUUUCAGUAUUGUCCAAAAAGGUGAUGACAAGGCUGUGCGUGCCCGUCAAACCCUUAGCGGCAAUAAUACUACUAAGACGGUGUAUGUGUUCUUCCUUGGUGGGAUCACAUUCACGGAGAUCGCUGCCCUGCGUUUCAUCGCUGCGCAAGAAGCGCCUCGUCGGAAGAUUAUCAUCUGUACCACGGGCAUCAUUAGUGGUGAUCGCAUGAUGGAAGCUGCUAUUGAGAAGCAGAGCUUUGCGAAAGUCGAGUAG